CCGCUCCACCUACUGCCGUUCACCCCCUGCGUUCCUCUUCCAAACCUUCCGCAGCCUCAGCAUCCUCCAUGCCGCUCGCUCCGCGCCGGCGCCGCCAAAACCCUCGCAUAAACCUCGGAGAAGCGCCGCCCACCUCCCAAAAAUGCCGCCGAGGCCAGCGCGGCGGCUGUUCCAGUACAUCUCCCCGUCCCGCAAGCCACCGCCGUCUCCGCUACCCGCGGUCCCCGCCGCAGGCGCCGAGUUCCCGGCGUCCGACGCCGAUGCCGACUCCGUGUACCGGAUCGUCACGGGCGCGCCCACGCCGUCGGCCAUGGAGUCCGCGCUCUCCACAUCCUCCAUCCUGCUCUCGGCGCCGCUGCUCGACCUCGUCCUCAGCCGCUUCCGCUUCGCGCACGGGGACCCGCUCCGCGCGCUCUCGCUCCUGUCCCUCGCCGUCGACCGCUGCGGCGUCGCGCCCUCACCCUUCACUCUAGAUACCGCCAUCUACGUUCUCGGCCGCGCCCGCCGGUUCACCCACAUGUGGGACCUCGUCCACUCCUACCACCGCCUCUGCCCUGACGCCGUCACCGCGCGCACCGCCAUGGUUGUCCUCGGCCGCGUCGCCAAGAUCUGCUCCGUGCGCGAGACCGUCGCGUCCUUCCGCCGCCUCUUGCGGCUGUUCCGCGGCCGCGAGGGCACGGAGUCGGCCGACCUCUUCAACGCGCUGCUCCGCACGCUCUGCCAGGAGAAGAGCAUGUCGGACGCGCGCAACGUCUUCCACGCCCACAAGUACGAGUUCCAGGUGAACCGCCAGACGUUCAACAUCUUGCUCUCCGGGUGGAAGACUUCAGAGGACGCCGAGGCAUUCUUCGCAGAGAUGCGAGAGCUCGGGAUUGAUCCUGACUUGGUCACCUACAACUCAUUGAUUGACUGCCAGUGCAAGAACAGAGACGUAGAGAAGGCCUACAAACUGCUCGAUGAAAUGCGGGAGAAAGAAAUUUCUCCGGAUGUGAUCACUUAUACGAGCUUGAUUGGUGGCUUGGGAUUGAUCGGCCAGCCUGACAAAGCUAGACACCUUCUGAAGGAGAUGUGUGAGCUCGGAUGUCACCCAGAUGUCCCGGCUUACAACGCAACAAUACGGAACUUUGUUAUAGCAAAGAGGCUCGGUGAUGCGUUUGCGCUUAUGGAUGAAAUGGCCUCGAAGGGACUGAUGCCAAAUGCCACGACAUAUAACCUUUUCUUCCGCUUCUAUUACUGGGCGUACGACAUUGGCAGCGCCUGGCUAUUGUAUGAGAGGAUGCGGUCCGAAAGAUGCUUCCCAAACACGCAGUCUUGCAUGUUUAUUGUCAGGUUAUGUCAUCGGCACGGUAAGGUGAUGCAAGCACUAGAGCUGUGGAGUGACAUGGUUGGGAACGGGUUCGGGUCAUUCACCUUGGUUUCAGAUGUGUUGUUUGACCUGUUAUGCGACGAGGGAAAGCUCGAGGAGGCUGAGAGGUGCUUCCAUCAAAUGGUUGAGUUGGGGCAGAAACCCAGUAGCGUUGCAUUUAGAAGGAUCAAGAUACUUAUGCAGCUUGCCAACCGGGAAGAAUCUAUUAGCAAGUUAAAUGAGAAAAUGGCACGGUUUGGACAUCUAGUGCCUGAGGAUGGCGAAAAGGUUUAUCACACUGCUAAAAACACCUCUUCGAAUGGUGAUAGAGAUAAUGCUGAUGUAAUAGCAACAAUUUAGCAUAUUAGUCAGAUGACAACGAAGAUUAGUUGAUAACUUCCAACUUUGGUUGACCAGUGCCAUUGUACUCUGAAAUCUCAUGGCAUCCAGAAUCCAGAUCGAGGUAAAGCCUUGGAGACUACUUGUUGUUUAUCUGAAGAUAUCAGAUACUAGUCAUUUUGUUUCCAUAGGUUCUGAACUUCUGAUCCCUAUAAUGCCUCUUCAAACGGCUUUGGAAAAAAUAUAUUCAGGAUUGCAUCGGCAGUGUAUCAAACUAUAGUGCUGUCACUGUAAAUAAAAUCUUUUCCUGGAAA